CGUUCAAAUCCCACUUGAGAUAUCGCAUUUUCCCAAUCACUUCUCGCACAAAUCCAAACAACUUGUAUUCUAAUGGCACAAAAGUUUGAGAUGUCUCUAGUCCUUGUCCUAGUGACCAUGUUCUUCGCAAGGGCAGCAGCACAGUCUAGUUGCACAAAUGUGAUCAUCAGCAUGUCACCCUGCCUCAGUUACAUCACUGGAAACUCCUCAACCCCUACUUCCGGAUGCUGCUCGCAGCUCGCUAGCGUUGUCGCUUCCUCCCCACAGUGCUUGUGUGAGGUUCUUAACGGCGGUGGAUCAUCUCUGGGGGUCAACGUGAAUCGGACUCAGGCUCUGGCAUUGCCUGGUGCUUGCAAUGUCCAGACCCCACCACUCAGCCAGUGUAACGCCGGUUCUCCAGCUGACUCUCCAACAGGAGCAGCAGACACUCCAAAUAGUCCUUCAGGAAACGGAUCAAAAAAUGUACCGUCGACUCAAGGUGGCUCGUCGGACGGAAACUCCAUCAAGAUGUCUGCUACGACUCAACUCUUUCUUCUCUUGGCUGCAGCAUAUGCUAUCUUCACAAUGUGCUGAUUUUUCUUUUCUGUUGGCCAAACAUUUCAAGUUACACAUAAUACUGUUUGUGAUUGUUCAUGUAUUCGAUUAUUAUUUUGAUUCAGUUGUUAGAUUAUUGAUAUAUUGCUUGUGACCUCAGGGAGGUUGAUAUAGUUUUUGUAUUUUAUUUUUGCUAGAUAUGGUUUUUGUAAUGUUGAAAGAGGCAAUCCUGCUCUCUUCCCUUUUUUGUUAUAAUAAAAUUUUUCUGGCUUUUCAGUGACAAAAUUA